AUGGCGGCCAACAAACCAAACAAGCUUGCAUUCUUGUCAAUGCCUGCCCCGGCGUCUUACGUCGCGGGUCUCGGUCGAGGUGCAUCUGGUUUCACUACGCGUUCCGAUAUCGGUCCAGCACGAGAAGGACCAUCCGCAGAGGUUAUAGCUGAAGCCCAAGCUCGGCGAGGUGAAGAGCCUGAAGUUGAUCCUGACCAGUUUCAAGACCCAGACAAUGAAUAUGGUCUAUUUGCUGGUACUACUUACGAGGCGGACGACGAGGAGGCGGACCAGAUCUACGACCAGGUUGACCAGAACAUGGAUGCGCGGCGAAGGGCACGGAGAGAGGCUCUCGAGAAUGCUGAAUUGGCGAAACACCGUGCAGAACGGCCCAAGAUUCAACAGCAGUUCGCCGAUCUGAAACGCGGUCUUUCAGUUGUCACCGAUGAAGAAUGGGAGAACAUUCCAGAGGUGGGCAAUCUCACGCGGAAAAAGCGUAAAAGGGACGAGAGGUCAUUCGUUGUACCCGACAGCGUUAUCGUUGGGGACAGAUCGAAGGCCGAAUAUGAGAACUCCUUGGAUGCAAGACAGCAAGCGACUGGUGGAUUCGAGACUCCUGCCGACAGUGGGACUCUGACCAACUUCGUUGAAAUGGGACAAGCCCGAGAUAAGAUCUUGUCUCUGAAACUUGAUCAGGUCUCCGGCAACUCCACUACUUCCGGGUUGUCUACUUCUAUCGAUCCUAAAGGCUACCUUACCUCCCUCGACAGUGUCGUACUGAAAACGGAUGCGGAGAUUGGUGACAUCAAGCGAGCUCGCAUGCUGUUUGACUCACUAGUCAAGUCAAAUCCGAAACAUGCUCCAGGUUGGAUCGCUGCUGCUUGCUUGGAGGAACAUGCAGGACGAAUGGUUGCAGCAAGAAAGCUUAUCAAAGCCGGCUGCGAACAGUGCCCCAAGAGUGAGGACGUGUGGCUAGAAGCGGUACGGCUUCAUAACAACGACGACGCGAAAGUCAUAUUGGCGAACGCUGUGCAACACGUCGGACAGAGUGUCAAAAUAUGGUUGGCUGCUGCCGACUUGGAGCACGACCUCAAAGCUAAGAAGAGGGUUCUGCGGAAAGCCUUGGAACACAUUCCGAAUUCUGUCCGUCUCUGGAAAGAAACCGUAAACCUCGAGUCUUCCGCAGUCGACGCCCGUAUCCUGCUGUCGCGUGCUGUGGAGGUUAUUCCGCUUUCCGUCGAGCUGUGGCUUGCUCUCGCGCGAUUAGAGACACCUGAAAAGGCUAAGGCUGUCCUGAACAAGGCUCGUAAGGCCGUUCCCACUAGCCACGAGAUUUGGAUAGCUGCCGGAAGGUUGCUUGAACAAGAAGCUUAUGCCUCGGACAAACCUGAAGUCCAGUGUAACAAGGAGCUGGAAGCGGUUGACAAGACCAUCGAACUAGGUGUUCGGUCUCUUCGCACGCACCAAGUCCUCCUUACCCGUGAGCAGUGGCUGAAGGAGGCAGAACGAUGUGAGGCUGAAGGUUCACCGCGCACGUGCGAGGCCAUUAUCAAGGCUACAGUCGCCAUGGACAUCGAAGAGGAGGAUAGGCUUGAUACCUGGGUCAGCGACGCAGAGAGUGCCGAAGCGAGAAGCAGGGUUGGUACAGCGAGAGCGAUCCUGGCAUAUGCUUUGAAAGUCUUCCCUGACAAGAGGAGCUUGUGGAGGAAAGCUGCAGAUCUCGAGAAGGCGCAUGGUACUAGAGAAUCCCUCGAUGCAAUUCUCACUCGUGCUGUGCAUCAUUGUCCACAAGCGGAGGUCCUGUGGCUUAUGUGGGCCAAGGAAAAAUGGUUAGCUGGCGACGUUCCGGCCGCUCGCGACGUCUUGGAAAGGGCUUUCGUCGCGAAUCCAGAAAGCGAGCAAAUCUGGUUGGCAGCGGUCAAGCUCGAAGCAGAAAACGGCGAGUUGGGCGUUGCCAGGGAGCUCCUAGUUCGUGCUCGGACGGUCGCCGACACGCAGCGGAUCUGGAUGAAAUCGGCAGUAUUUGAGCGUCAACAAGGCAGGAUCUCUACCGCACUGGAGACCCUUAGUGCUGCUUUGGCAAAGUAUCCCAAGUUCGCAAAGCUGUACAUGAUCCAAGGCCAGAUACAUCAAUCGCAAGGAAAUUUCGCCGCUGCUCGCGCGUCUUUCGCUGCCGGUAUUAAGGCCUGUCCUAAGGAGGUCACACUAUGGAUCCUUGCAAGCAGAUUAGAGGAGUCAGAUGGAAGGAGCAUCAAGGCGAGAGCUCUUCUUGACAAGGCGCGGCUGGCAAACCCGGGCAGUGAUGUCCUCUGGGCGGAAGCAGUCGGCGUCGAAGAACGUAGUGGAGGUUCUGCACAGGCGAAAACAGUGCUGGCUAGAGGUUUGCAAGAAUGUCCGACUUCUGGGUUGUUGUGGUCAAUGACCAUAUGGGCGGAGCCUCGACCGACUCGGAAGUCGCGCUCGGCAGAUGCCCUGAAAAAGUCAGCCGAUGACCCGCUCAUUCUGUGCACUGUCGCUAGAUUGUUUUGGGCCGAGCGCAAGAUUGAGAAGGCGAGGCAAUGGUUUGAACGUGCGAUCUCUGCCAAUCCUGAUCUGGGUGACAUCUGGGCGUGGUGGUUGAAGUUUGAGAGACAACAUGGCACUUCGGAGCAACAGGAGGAAGUCAUCAAGAAGUGCAUCGCCGCGGAACCUCAUCAUUCUCCUGCGUGGCAGUCUAUCGCCAAGGACGUCAAGGACACAGGGGAGGGCACGAGAGACAUUUUGGAGCUUGUUGCUGCUACUCUGCAGUGA